CUCUGAUUGGUGUGUAAAAUGAAUGCAAAAAUUUUCUUAAUUAAAAAAAAGAACGAGAGAAAGAAACAUGUGCUUAUCGUUCUAGCCAGGUGAACUUGAACUACUGCAGAGGCCACAAGCAAUUCCUGCUCUAAGUAAUUUUUAUCAGUUCUUUUUGUUAUUCAUAUAUAAUUCAUGCACAAGAUAAAAAAUGAUCAUAUUGUCCUGUGAAUGCCAUUCUCUUUCCUACCUCCAUUCCUCAGCUUGCCAGCACCCACCACCUCCAGAGGUAAUCAGCAUAUGUUUGGUUGUGUAUUUUUAGUAAAGGGUUUGUAAUUUUAGAAAAUUAUAUUCUUACAUGAUUCAGUGGUCAGUUUGUGCAGAGGACAGAUCUUGCUUUCUGAAAUAAUUUUUAAAAUUUGAGAUAUAGAGAGGAUCACAAAAUUUUGCAAAGAUAAUGUGACAUAUUUUAGUCUCCUAUUACCCUGUUUUCUGCAGUGUGUGUGUGUGUGUGUGUGUGUGUGUGUGUGUGUGUGUGUGUAUGCCAUUUUAUCACCUACAGAUUCCAGUGACCAACCCUGCAAUCAAGAUACUUCAUGAAUCUGUCAACAGCAUAUGCAUACAACUCAUCGAUGACUGACUACUAGCUUCUUCAGUUUGCCAAUUCACAAGUAGAAACCCUAUAAGUCAAUCUAACCAACCCAUGUUUAAUUGCCCUGAAUAGUUCAUUCGCAUCCUUUGAGAGCCACAUCAGACAAUGUGAUAUUUCCGCUCCCUAUAUCUGACAUACUUAUUUUAAAAUAUUUAUUUAUUGUUUGUUUGUUUGUUUGUUUGUUGUUUUCUUAAGGCAUGGCCUCACCUAGCCCAGGCAGGCCUUGAACUCACUAUGUAGCUAAAGAUGACCUUGAACAUCUCAUUGGCCUGUCUCCAACUCACAAGUACAUCAAACUCAGAACACUCAAGCAGCAGAAGGGAAGUGCUUUUAUUGGCUCACGUUUUCAGUUCCUGCUUGUCCCUUUUCCCCUCUGCUGUUCAUAGAUUCCUUCUUUCCUUGUUGCAUCAUUUGGGGAAACCUUUGUAUUUAUCCUUUUUUCAAGGUGAUGGCUUUUCUUGUCUUGAUUUCCCCUUCAUUCCUGGAGAUAUUUUUGCUGGAUAUGUGCAGGGCGUUUACCCACCAACCCCACAGCUCUCUCUCAAGAGUUUUCUUGAGUUCGAGCAGCAGGAAAUAUUAGAUAGAAGGAUUUAGAUUGUGGAGAUAAACAGAUAGAAAAUAAAGGAUAGCCUCCAGAGAGCCUGGAACCUAUUCCAAUGGGCCCCGACUGUCUCUGCCCCAGGGUAUUUAUAGAGAUGCCAAGGGGUGGAGCAAAAGACCUCCUCCCCCAGCACAGCCAAGUGCAGACCAUCUCAGACACCUGCACUCAGGCCCGUGGUCCUAAUCAGCCUCUCUAUGAGGACCUGCUGGGUAAAGCCACGAGGAACCUGAAAACGGGCUCCCACAGAUAUGGGAUUCUCGGCUCCUCCCUCUUCCUCCCCCCCCACCCCCCACCCUUUUCCUCUUCCUCUUCUUGUGCUUGGCUGUACCCAGUGUUUAGUUGCCCUUAGUGAUUAGGAAGAAAUAGCAAUGUGCCCACCUCAGCCCAUCCAAGAAAUGAGAGGGGGGGUUAUGCGUUUUUGAUUUGUUCGACUGGAACUUGCAAGUGGGAAGUGGACAUGCUUCCUUCCCGUCGAUGGCGAACAGAGUGUGCAGGGGACCAACACCAGGCUGAGGAUUUUAUACUUUUGACCUGGAGGACAGUUUUAGAUGGUGAAUUUAUAGUGAUAAUUGGGUGAGUUGUCUAAAACAUGGGGAAGUGUGGGGUGUGGAGGCGAAGGAGUUAAAGAACUGAAGUGGAGGAGAACUCCAGACUCCAGGGUUGAACGGAGGACGUACACACUGAAGCAGGAUCUUUCCCUGAGGCUCACCCCAGGGCCACCUUCAGCUCACUGCACCUGCUUACAGGAGCCGCCUGGGGAUCCAUCAGGGACUGAAGCUUCUCCUGAAAUGAGCUGAAGAUGCGUUCAUUGUACACCUGCUGUGUUCAUUGACCUGAAGUGGCGUAGGAACAGGCAGCCAUUGUGGCUCUCGCUGCUUCGUGGGUUUCUUGUGGGGAUAUUUUGUUUGUACUCUAACAAAUAAAGUUUGCCUGAGGAUCAGAGGGCAAAGCCAGCCACUAGAUUAAACAUAGAGGCCAGGCAGUGGUGACACACACCUUUAAUCCCAGCACUUGGGAUCUCAUGCUUUUGCUCCCAGUGUUUGGGAAGCACACACGCCUUCAAUCCCAGCACCAGGGAGGUGGAGACAGGAAGUGAUAUGGCUGGGCAGAGAGAGGCCUACAAGGCGGGAGGAGACAGGAACUCAGUCCUUUAGGCUGAGGACUCAGGGGCAUUCAGUCUGAGGAUUUGUGGAGACAGGAUCUUCCCCUUUUGGCUGAGGAGUUGGUGAAGUGAGAAGUGGCUGUGGCUUGUUUCCUCUGAUCUUUCAGCAUUUACCCCAAUAUCUGGCUCUGAGUUUUUAUUAUAAGACCAAUUGGAUUCACGCAACAGUUCCUUUCACAUCCUCCUUCUCUUCUGGGCUUCCCACACCCUAGACCAGCCCUUACUUGUCAUUCCACAGGAAGAGACGGUGAUGAACAAAACAUUAACCAGACAUUAUGGCUCACUACCUAAUCCUUGCACAUGAUAGGCAGAACUCCAAAAUCCAGUGGAAGAAAGGUUUUCCCCUGGGAAGUCUGAGGUAGUUACAGGAGCCACAGGCAUGUCCCUGACUUCUGAGGUGAUGCCAAGUGCGUCCAGGUGAUCUUGUGAUUGUUGGGUGGCUGUCCUGGUCCAUUGCCCAUGCCUGACACUCUUUAGAGACAAGGCAGGCAGCUUGUGACAGCUUUCCCAGCCAGAGAACAUCAGGCUUAGCAGAUAGAGUGCCAUUUGCGAGGCUACCACCCACCUGAGACACACAGCCUGUCCGGUGGGCUCUGCUCCUGGUUUUCAUAGGCUCUGCCCGAAGGGAGCAAGGCUCCCCAGGCUCAUGAUGAGGCUCUGGCGGAGGAGCUGCUCCAAGGUCCUCUGUGCUGUGCUCAUUCUGGUAGCAGCCAACAUUUUGCUGGUGGUGUUUUACACCAAGGGGACCAUAAAGAGUUUGGUUGUGGGCAGCCUUCACAAGGAGGGGGCUGCUGUGGCCCAGAGACCCUUGCACCUGAAGAAGGAUGUGCACCACUCAAGUAAGUUCUACACUGGGAGGGGAAAUCUUAGGGUGUGCAGGCUGACGGAACGAAAUGGUUUCACACCACUCCCAUCCUCUUUAUUUUCAGGAAAAAGUCUGAAAUCGACUAUGAAGCAACAAAGCCAUGUGAGACAGGGAAAUGCUGAAUUCCACCCUGGUUGGAAAGGAGUGAAAGCCAGGUUGGCACCCAAGAAAUUCUUCCCGCAAUGGGGGAAGGGACUCUCCCAGGCUCGUCAGAAAGAGGCUCAUUACUUGUUCCUGAAAUUCGGUUACAACGCGUUCCUCAGCAACCAGUUGCCUUUUAACAGAAGCAUCCCUGACACCCGCCAUGCCAGGUGUCUUCAGAAGACAUAUCCUGCUCAGCUCCCAUCCCUCAGUGUCAUCCUCAUCUUCCUGAAUGAAGCUCUGUCCGUCAUCCAGAGAGCUAUCACCAGCAUCAUCAACCAGACCCCUCCUCGGUUGCUGAAGGAGAUCAUCCUGGUGGAUGACUUUAGCUCCCAUGGAGAACUGAAGGGAAGAUUGGAUGAGGCGAUUAUGCUUUACAACCAGAGCUUUCCAGUCCUACUGAAACUUAUAAGGCACACAAAGAGAAGAGGUCUUGCUCAAGCCCGCAACACUGGCCUGGAAGCUGCUACAGCUGAUGUGGUUGCCAUCUUGGAUGCUCACAUUGAAGUGAACGUUGGAUGGGCUGAGCCCAUUUUGUCUCGGAUUCAGGAAGACCACACUGUGGUCGUGUCUCCUGUGUUUGACAACAUUGAUUUCAAUACCUUCGAACUGGAAAAGCAGGAACUGGCAGUGGACGGGUUUGACUGGCAGCUGUGGUGCCAGUAUGAUCAUGUACCACACGCCUGGCUUCAGCUGGAUGAUGUCACUGCUCCAAUGACAAGUCCUUCCAUCAUGGGUAUCCUGGCCGCCAACAGGAUCUUCUUGACAGAGAUCGGAGCUCUGGAUGGUGGGAUGCUCGUCUAUGGAGGAGAGAAUGUGGAACUUAGCCUAAGGGUGUGGCAGUGUGGAGGGAAGAUUGAGAUCUUACCCUGCUCCCGGAUCGCUCACCUAGGGAGAUACUACAAGCCCUAUGCCAUGAACCUAGAUAUUCCCUUGCGGCGGAAUGCUCUGCGGGUGGCUGAAACCUGGAUGGACAAGCACAAAUACAUGGUCUACUUGGCCUGGAACAUUCCUCUCAAGAAUUCUGGAAUCGACUAUGGAGACAUUUCUUCCAGAAAGGCACUCCAGGAGAAACUGAAAUGCAAAUCCUUUGACUGGUACCUGAAAAAUAUCUACCCACUCCUGAAGCCAGUCUCCAACAUCGUCUGCUAUGGAAGAAUUAAAAAUUCACUGGAUGAAAGUGUUUGCCUGGACCGAGGACCUGUUCCAGGAAACUCUCCCAAAAUGAAACCUUGCCGUGAACUCAGUGAACAGAACGUGUACUACCUCCUUUCUGGAGAAUUCUAUGUGGGGGAACUAACCAAUGAGCAAUACUGCCUGGCGGACUCUGGCCGUGGAGAAAAGCCCACAUUAGAGCUGUGCUCCGAGGCAGCGAAAAGAGGAACGCACAUCUAUUGGGACUUUAAGCAGGGAAAUUCCAUCAAAAACAAGGAUACCGCACGGUGUCUGGAGAUCAAGAGAGACCCCUCAGGUACCUACAGGCUUGUGUUAGAGAACUGUACCCAACAAACGUGGAAAAUACAGCAUAUAGGCAGAAACUGGGGCCACUCAUAGCCAGCGAGCCCCAGAGAUUUGGAUUUGGAGGGCCCCGUUCCUCAGGCUGGAAUGGUGUCUAGCCACAGUGCUUUCACACUGGGAGAGGAUGAGAGACAGAUGUGUGUUUGUCUACUGCGACUUCAGCAUGCAGCUCACAGAGGGGAGGCUUGAGCACAUGUCAAAAGUGUCUGCUGGGGAGAGUGGUGGAAACUCUGAAGCCUCGUCCCCAGCUUGCCUCGAGAGAUCGUGAUAUGCAUCAAGUGCCAUUCUGGGAACCUUCUCAAAAUAGCCAGCAUCAUCUGGUUGCACUGUGAAGACAGUGAGAGGGAUGAACGUUUAUCUUUGAUUUCCACCAACGCUGUUUAGCCUUCAUUCCGACAGCUACUAUCACCACCUGUCCCACACCUCCCCCCUGGUCAUCUGCUCCCCUCCCCAGACAGUCGUGGGCUGGGCCACGUGACAGGCUAGAUACUCUUCAUAAGUCUGACAGCUACCCAGGUGGCCUCAAUUCCCUCCCUGUCUGGACUGUCCCGAAAGAGACUUUCUCAAAUCCCUCAGUGUAGGUGCCUUCUCAAAUCCCUCUACCACAUUCUCAGUGUAGGUGCCUCUGGAUGGCCCGUCUCUCCCACUGCGGCAAGGUCACAUAGGAGGAGGAGGAUCCUGUGUGUGUGCUGUAGGCUCCUGGAGUCUCCUGCAGAGCAGCCAAAGACAGAGUAGCCUCAGAUGCAUGGAAAAGCAUGUGACUCCAUUCCCAGUGGGGAGCCGGCUGAAGGUGCACAGAGGUAACUUUCCACUCAAGUUGGUAAACGACAAAUAGUACACAGCACAUUCUGUGGGCAGGAAUGUGGGAAACAGGUCAUCUCACACAUCCGCGCCAGGGUUUCAAACUGGUGCCAGCUUCCCGGUGGGCUAAUUGGCACGAUCUAAAAAUAGUAUAUGUGCAUUUUCUCUUUGUGCCAAGAAUUCCACCUCUAGAAAUUUACCUCCAAAAUUAUGAAUUUGGACUGCCAAGACAGCUCAGAGGGUAAAGGCAUUUGCUGCCAAGCUGACAACUUCAGUUUGUUUCCAGGAAGCUACACGGUAGAAGGAGAGAACCGAUUUCUAAAAGUUGUCCUAUGACCCAUCCACACAUGUGCACACACACACACAAAAAUACUAGAUGCAACAGACAUAUGUGAGAUAUAAGAACAAAUGUAAAGGAAAAAGAGUAAGAAAAUAUUCAUGCACAAAGUAAUCCCUUGUAGUAUUGAUUCUGAGUAAAAAAUGUUGGGGGUGAACUACAUGCUUGAACAUCAGAGUAGCCAGAAAUAUCCAUGCAGGGGGCUGACUGUACAGCUGUAAACACCAGCAAGCCACAUCUGUGACUGAUAUGGAGGGAGAAGCAGUGUAUCUUGUUAAGUUAACAAAAGAAAAAGAAGUAUGUCCUGCAGAUACCUUUUGGUAAAAAUGAAGGGGGACAUGUUAUGUUCAUUUCUACACAACAAAAACAAAACAAAAAAGUCUAAAGCUGGAGGUGGAGGCUCAUAAUUGUAAUCCCAGCACCCGAGAGGGUGAGGCAGGAGGAUUGUGAGUUUGAAGCCAGUUUGAGCUAUGCAACAAGAUCUUAUAUAGAAGAGAAUGGGGAGAAAAAACAAACUAAGAAACUAAUGAGAUAUGGUGGUAAUGGGUGGUGGCUGGGAAUACGGUGUAAAGGACUGGGUAGUAGAAGGCAUGUGUGUCCAGGGCAACUCCUCUAAAUAGAUGUUUAUGUAGCUUUGACAUUUAGAGCAAUGUUUCGAAAUUAAAUUUUCAAAAUUAAAUCACAUAAAAUCAGAGACAAAAAUCUCAAAUGGAUUGUAAACAAAAAAUGAUCUCACAUAUUUUCUAUUUUUAUUGUUUGUUUAACUUAUGUGCGUGCACACAUGCAUGUUGGUUGUUGUUUGUUCUAAGACAAAGGCUCAUGUGGUCUACGCUGGCCUCAAACUCGUUAUAUAGUCAAGGGUGGCCUUGAACUGCUGGUCUUCUUGCUUAAAACUCCCAGGUACUAGAACUACAGCUGUGGACCACGACACCCAGCUUAGAUCUAGUUUCUAAAUAUUUUUCCAAUAGAAGGAAUGAAGAAAUUAGGGCUUCUUAGGGGAGAUCGUUAACUUUUGGCUGGUCCUAGGAUACAUUCCUGUGUUGAAAGUAAAAAAAAAAAAAAAAAAAUUGCUCAAGGAAGGAUGAGCUGUCGCAAAUCAUAGUGGCCAGAUUGAAGGAGUCCCCACUGGCAAUGUUAGGGACUGUGUGAGCAUUAGAGUCCAUCAAACAUUAAAGUCAAUUUAGCAAUAGAUGAUACCACAGAAUAAUAUAAAAACCCACGAGUUGUUUCAAAUGAAUGCAUGAAUGAGAAGGGAGCACUCCUUUCACGGUAGAAUGCCAGCUAAUUAAUAUUGAAAUGAUUGUGAAUUAGAAAGUCACCAUCUGGCACCUGCCAUAGCUGGAAUUGUCUCAGGCAAGAAUCAUUAUCAAUGACAAAAACUAGUGAGUGCUAAGAGGCAGGCUACAUGCAUAUGUUGACAGAGUAGCUGCCCAGAAGUUAUGCAUUAACUGCAGAGGGAGCACAGGGAGAAACCUGGCAGACCUUAACUCAGUAACCAGUUAACAUCAGGAGUGGCUGCACAGGUGGGCAUCAUAUGCCUCCCAGCAGCAGGAACCCAGAAUACAGAGCCUCAGGAAUCUUGAGAAAACUUUAAUUAAACCACAACUGAGGGCUGUUAUCUAAGAUAAUCUGGUUAGAUGAAGGGGUGCAUGCAGUCUGUAAUCCCACACUCAAGAGACUGAAGCAGGAGGAUUGUGAGUUGAUAUUACAUGUUAGUGUAACAUAGUAAGACCCUGUCUCAAAACAAAACAAAAAAACAAAAGACAAAGCAAGAUGCAUGCUUGAAAAUGUCAAAGCCCUCCACCCCUAAAAAGCCCACAAAAGAUUGGGGAACCUUCCACAUUAAAGUAGACUAAAGACACCUUGAUGUGUCCAGUGGUCUUAUA